AUGGCGGCGGCGGCAUCGUGCCCGCAGGUCGUCCCCUUUCGGGGCCCCCGAUCAGGGCCUCCUCCGCGCGUGGCUGCGGCGCGGGCUCUCGGCCUCGGCCUCCCCCGCAAACCCAAUCAGGGACCUCCUGAUUGGCCGCGCUUCCUCUCCCUCCGGGCGGCGGGGACUUCUUCUGCUCGCCGAUUCCUCUUCCUUGCGGUGCCUCCCCGCGCGUCGGCCGAGGAGGAGGGAGGCGACGGCAGCAGCGACACGGCGGCGGCGGCGGCUGAGGAGGAGAAGAAGACGGCGGCGGAGGAGAACACGGAGGCGACGGAGGCGGCGGAGGCGACGGCGAGGAAGAUUCUGGAGGAGCGGCGGCGGAGGGAGGAGGAAGGAGGAGCAGGGGGGGGCCUGUGGGGGGGCGUGGCGGAGGAGGUGAGGGAGAUCGAGUGGCCAGUCUUCGGGAGGGUUCUCGGGACGACGGGGGUGGUGCUGGCGGUCAUCGGCGGCUCCAGCGUCGCCCUCCUCACCGUCAACGCCCUUCUCGCCGAGCUCUCCGACCGCCUCUUCGCCGGCCGUGGCGUCCAAGAUUUCUUCGGAUAA